AUGGCCACCGGCACAAGUCGUCCCGUCGUACCCAACAUUCGUGGCAUUUUAGAGCACGGGAUAUUCUACCGUGACUUUGAUCCCAAUGACAUUGAGCGCUACCGCAACAAGCGCGUCGUCAUUCUUGGCAGCGGCAAUUCGGCAUUUGAAGUUGCACACGCACUAAAGGCCAUCGUUGGCGACACCAUUAUCUUGACCCGCAGUGCCGUCAAGUUUGCGCGUCAGACACACAACGUGCAUGACGUGCGCACGCAGACGUCUGUUAGUUACGAUCUUUCUCAACUCAAGGCACUCACGACCAUUACCGCCGAGCGUGUGACGGAAAUUACACGCCAGGAAGAUGGUGGCCUUGUCCUCAAGAUUUCCACGCCGGAGCCGCAUUGGGAGACUCCGGUGUGGAAAAAUUUUGAGCUGCCGGCUGAUCAUGUUAUAGUGUGCUGCGGCUUCGAAUACACUGUGCCCGACGUUUUCAGUACUGAGCGCGUGCGACCGCUGGCCGAUCCUACCGGCAAGUACUGCCAGUUGACGCCGAUUUGGGAGAGCACAAAUGUGCAAAACUUGUACUUUAUCGGCGGAUCCAUGCGCGUGAACGACCGCGAUGCAGCAUCUGGCUUCAUCCAUGGCUUCCGCUACAACAUUCAGGCUCUCGGAUCAGUGAUUGCGGAGCGUCACUAUACUCAACCGCUGACGCCCCUAUUUCAGUGCGUUGUGGAUCCAAAAUGCGAUGACACCUUCGAACCGUUGGCCCAGUUUAUCGUACAUAUGGUCAGUUCAACAGCAGCACUGUUUGAAUUAUUUAAUUAUGGCUGCUGCACCAUCACAUUGCAGGCUGUACCGCGGCCAGAUGAUGCUACUACACCCAAUUACAAAGCCGACGUGUGGGAGGCGCUUCCACAGGACUAUGCACGACAGCGGUGGGCUGGCAAUAACACGUGGGUCGGCCGUGUGGAGAUUCUUUUCCAGUAUGGAUUCCACCUGUAUGGUGAGAACAUUCCCACACAUCACUUUACUCAUUCUAGUGAUCAGUUCCACACCGAGAAGAGCACCUACAUUCACCCUGUGCUGCAUGCAUUUCGCCAUGGCGGUGGAGACGCGGGUGUGUGUUCGAACCAUCCUGGUAAAAUCGAAGAGUGGCACAUGCAAGAGAGUCUCCUCGCUCGAUGGGAUGAGGACGAGUUCAAAGACGAAAGCACGAAUGUUCACCAGUACACCAAUACUGUGUACAACGCAGUGGCGGCUGCACUCGGCAUGGCUAAUCGCAAGAGCACUCUACCUGUGCGCGAUGGCUUCAUCGACUCUGCCUAUCCACGCAUGACCUCAGACGAGGUGAAGCAGACAUUACAGGUAUAA